ACCAACAACCAGCCACGUGGACAAUUUGUUAGUCUACAGGAUUUACAAACGAGAUCGGGCUAAGCUAGCUCAACAACCGGUUUGACUUUCCGCUCUACUUAACAUCCACCCGCCUGAGGGAAAAAAAAAAAAAUCCCAACCGACCCGCAGCUAACUUAACUUGUAGCUAUAUCGAUUAACAUUUCGUGACAUUGAUUCGGACGAGAACCAACCAAGGGCAAAAACAACGGACGACCGAGGACGGCCGGGAAUUGCCGAGUCGGACAGGGAAAACGUAAUCUGCUCCGGGUGACGUUUGGUGCGGAAGUUUACGCCUGGAAAUAUGUAAACAAGAUGGACACGUCAUGCCAGUGUUUGUGGCCGAGGUAUAUAGAUUUUAAUUUAACGUGUGGGGAAUGUUUGGCUUCGUUUUGGAAAUUUGCCAUUCGACGCAGGACGGUAGGUUGAAAGACAAUCGAGAAAGACUGCACGGCGGAACUAACAGAAAGCGAGGUUGGCGUGUUAUAGCAGUGUUUCGUCCGUACAGUGUUUAAUCGCCACAAAGGUAUGCAAGGGAAACUGGAUUAACGAGGUUCAGGUUACCAAAAAUAAGCUGAAAUGGAUUACCGGAAAUGAGGUCAACCGCUUUACGGCUUCUGAGCCGGAUAUCACGCCGCCGACCAUUGAAUUCGGCGAAAUCUGACAGCGAUGAGGUGGACUUCAAGAAGUGUCUCUCGACCUAUGACCUGGUCGCCCUGGGGGUGGGGAGCUGCUGUGGGACGGGCAUGUUCCUGACGGUGGGGCUGGUGGCCAAGGAACUGGCAGGACCCGGGGCGGUGUUUUCCUUUAUUAUAGCAGGCAUCGGAUCGUUACUUUCAGGCAUAUGUUACGCAGAGUUAGCCUCUUCGUGUCCAAGAACAUCCGGUUCUGCGUACAUGUAUAGUUACGUCACAGUUGGGGAGCUCGUGGCUUAUGUGAUUGGCUGGGGACUGAUUGUGGAGUACGUCAUUGGAACUGCUGCCGGGGCUGUCGCUCUAAGCGCUACUUUGGAUUCUAUUUUUAACUUCGCAUUUAGCAAACUGCCAGAACUUCACUUUACAGUUGGAGGUCGGCCAUACUUCGAUUUCAUCGCCAUUGCCGUGUGUCUGACGCUCACGUUCAUCCUGGCGUACGGCGUGGAGCUGUCGACGUCGGUGAACAACGUCCUCACAUGCGUCAACGCCGUCGUGUGGAUCUUCUUCAUCGGCGCCAGCGCCUCAUUCGCACAGAUCACCAACUGGACGGCGCACGGAUUCUUCCCGUUUGGUGCAAAUGGGGUAAUUCGAGCUCUGCCGAUUGCCUACUUCGCCUUCAUCGGGUUCGACACCGUGGCGUCGUCUGGCCAGGAAGCCCAGGACCCUCAGAAAUCCAUCCCCAAGUCCAUCCUGUGGUCAGUGGUCAUCAACACGGUGGCCUUCUGUUCCGUGACGCUGUGCCUCACCCUGGUUCUGCCCUAUUUCUCGCUCCACACCAACACCGCCAUGGUGGACGCGUUCAGCCAACGGGAAGCUCCGCUCGUCAGAUACGUCAUUUCCGUCGGCGCCAUUUGCGCGCUUUUCGCCGCGACGUUCGGAUCAAUGUUUCCGCUACCUCGAGUCCUGUACGCUAUGGCAGACGAUGGGUUGAUAUUCAAACAGUUUGCCAAGCUUUGUCCAAAACGGAAAACUCCGAAGUUGGCUACACUGGCCGGAGGACUGGUUGCCACGUUACUUGCCGUCACUACGGACCUCAACAUGUUAAUUGAACUCGUUCUUAUUGGAACCCUAAUGGCGUAUGUCCUAGUAGCUGUGUGCGUCCUACUGCUGAGAUACAGGAAAACAAGCGACAAAAAACAGUCGGAGUCAGAUUUAAUAGCAAAUCAUCAUCUAGAACCGGAUGUGGAUCAGGUAACCGGAAGUGACCGAGACACCGGAAGUGAUAUAAUCUUAAAUGGCGGAAAUCAGGUCGGCGACGGACAUAAAGAAAACCUUCCGUCGUGGAUGAUCGACAGCUCGACCCCUUCGAUGAAAACCCCGCUAUUGGAAGUCUCAGAGGACAAUGUUUUCAAAGUGGACGUUGCCAAGCAGCGCUGUUAUAAAAUGCUGCACCACUUUAGAGACCCUGGUUUCCUCCUGACCGUGUUGUUAGUGUGCGAGGUUGGGAUAAGUGUGCUACUGGCCAAAUUCUUCGAGCUGCUGUUUCUAGCGAACGUUGCCCUGUUGACGUUGACGGUCAUCCUAAUAACAAUAUUUGUGAUCUGUUUCUGUUUUCUGCUGCUGUGUCCACAGACAGGUGUUGUCACUACGUUCCAGUCCCCCUGUGUGCCCGCCCUACCUGUAGGAGUGACAUUCUUCAACAUCUACCUAAUGGUGUCACUCAGUGCCGCCACCUGGUGUGCGUUUGCAGUGUGGAUGACAAUAGGAUUUCUGGUUUACUUUUUCUAUGGUAUCAAGCGGAGCAAAUUGGAACUGGAAAAAUCAGAACUAGUGAACUGAAAUCGUCCAUAAAUGACAAAGGACCUACUUCCAGAGGAAAAUGACUAUGCAAGCGCGUGUGCAAGAAAUUUAGCAGGGGGUGGUGGGUUAGAGUUUGGCUAGCGAAGUUUAUGUGUUUGUGGGGAGAGGGGAGGGCGAGACAUGUUCCAAAGAUAAUGUAUUGAAAAAGAGAAAGAACAAAAAACAGCUUGAGCGGGGGUAGGGGUGGGAUGGGUGGAUGGGUUGAAUGCCCGAAACCCACCCCCUACACACGUGCCUUUUCUGUAUCUUAGGAAGCCAUAACCGAGGCCCGUCAGGACGACGUGCGAUCGCGGUCUCUCGUCACUGGUUUUUGCGCCUAAUAUUAAAAACACGUAAUGUGAUAGAAGAUGGUGGUACCAGUCGAACUCCUUGCAAGCACUCGCCCCUCCCCGCUCCGAACACGUUUAGUGCUAGAACCAGUGCAAUCACGGGAGACAACUCGUGCGUAUUAUAUGAAUGUGGCUUCCAAUUAUUGUAUGGGUGUUGAACUGUAUGUAAAGAGCAAUUUAAUUGCGUCAAUAAAAGAGUUUAUGGCUGUGUAAUAUUAUAUAUAGAGGACAAAUACCAGGGACCUAUAACUCUCGCAUCUUUGCGAUACCGCAGUGUAAUGCGUAAAAAAAGAGUUUAAACGAGCUUUAUGAAUUGGGGCCCCUGAUCAACAUGUAAAUGAGGGAAAUUUCAUUCAGGUUUAUAGUGGACCGAAGAAAAUAAAAUAUUUUUGCGCAUGUUUUUAUUUAUUAUUUAAUAAAUAUUAUCAUUAUU